AUUUGCCAACGUAAAAACAUGCCUGUACUUUGCCGUAGUAGUGAGCUACAUAAUAACAUUUUGGACAUAACAUUGUUUCGGGUCUCGCUACAUAUUUUCGCUUGAGACAUGAUGUACAUCUUAUAUUUUUUACUGUGAUCAAGAUGCGUCGAAAUUGGCGAAAAUUUAAUUCGGUGUGUUUAAUUUUCAUGCUAGUGUUAUUGUUAUUUUUGCUUUCAAACAAAAGAAAAAAUAUGUAGGUAGAUAUUAGAAACGAUUUUCUACCAGUCUUGGUGAUGGCAUGCAAUAGACCGUACUUAAAGCGAUGCCUGGAGAGCCUGGUCAGAUAUAGACCAGACAAUAGCAGUUAUCCUAUAAUUGUGAGUCAAGACUACCGCCACGAAGAAACGCGCGAAAUAAUUAAAUAUUUUGCAGACUUCGAUCCUACUAUCACGUUCGUCGAGCAGCCAGAUCAAUCGGAUAUUCCGGGAGAUAAUGUCUCGGCUCAUUUAAAGGGGUAUUACAAGAUCGCUCCACAUUACAGGUUUGCGCUUAACCACGUCUUCAGAACGCUACAGCACAAGGCUGUCAUAAUUCUAGAAGAUGACUUGGACAUUUCACCUGACUUCUACGAGUAUCUGCGCGGCACUUAUCCACUAUUGUACCAAGAUCCCACAAUCUGGUGCGUGUCAGCAUGGAACGAUAAUUUCAAGAAGGAUCUGGUGGAUAUUAGCGAAACAGAGCUGCUUCAUCGAACGGACUUCUUUCCAGGGUUGGGCUGGAUGUUGUUAUCUAAAACAUGGGAAGAGCUAGAACCGAAUUGGCCGGAAACUUACUUUGACGACUGGCUACGUGAUCCAGCAAUCUCUCGUGGCCGCGUUUGCGUCAGACGAGAAAUAUCCAGGACUUUUAAUUUCGGAAGAAAAUCAGCGGCGAUGUUUGGUUUCAUGGAUGAUCUGAGACACAGUGUACCACGUACGGGGCUACGCGGGGUUGUGCAAUGCUUUUUAUCAAAGGCCGUCGCGUGUUCUUCGUUCCUAAAAGAAAAAAAUAUUGUCCAUAGUGUUGUGCCGCGGUAG